CACCCCUCCCCUACUAUCCCGCCCCGGACUCUGGCUCCGGCUCCUAUUGCAGUUUGCAACCUCCUCUGCCGCCGCUGCUAAGUCGCCGGCGGCUCAGGUGGCUCCGCUUCGAUGUCCUAGUCCAGCACCCCCCCACCCCCACCCCGGGCCGGAUUCGGCGGGGCUGCCUUCACCCUCUGCUGGAGUCAUGAGGGCGAAUGGGGCUCUGCAGGUGCUGGGCUUCUUUCUCAGCUUGGCCCGGGGCUCCGAGGUGGGCAACUCGCAGGCAGUCUGUCCCGGGACUCUGAAUGGGCUGAGCGUGACUGGCGAUGCCGAGAACCAGUACCAGACGUUGCACAAGCUCUACGAGAGGUGUGAGGUGGUGAUGGGGAACCUUGAGAUUGUGCUCACAGGACACAAUGCUGAUCUCUCCUUCCUGCAGUGGAUCCGAGAAGUGACCGGCUAUGUCCUCGUGGCCAUGAAUGAGUUCUCUACACUGCCACUACCCAACCUCCGGGUGGUGCGGGGGACCCAGGUCUACGAUGGGAAGUUUGCCAUCUUUGUCAUGUUGAACUAUAACACCAACUCUAGCCAUGCUCUGCGCCAGCUCCGCUUUACUCAGCUCACCGAGAUUCUGUCAGGGGGUGUUUAUAUUGAGAAGAAUGAUAAACUUUGUCACAUGGACACAAUCGACUGGAGGGACAUCGUGAGGGACCGAGAUGCCGAGAUAGUGGUGAAGGACAAUGGCAAGAGCUGUCCCCCCUGUCAUGAGGCCUGCAAGGGGCGCUGCUGGGGUCCUAGACUGGAAGACUGCCAGACAUUGACCAAGACCAUCUGUGCCCCUCAGUGUAAUGGUCACUGCUUUGGGCCCAACCCCAACCAGUGCUGCCAUGAUGAGUGUGCAGGGGGCUGCUCAGGCCCUCAGGAUACAGACUGCUUUGCCUGUCGACUCUUCAAUGACAGUGGGGCGUGUGUACGCCAGUGUCCACAGCCUCUCGUUUACAACAAGCUAACUUUCCAACUGGAACCCAAUCCCCACACCAAGUAUCAGUAUGGUGGAGUUUGUGUAGCCAGCUGUCCCCAUAACUUUGUGGUAGAUCAAACAUCUUGUGUCCGGGCCUGUCCUCCUGACAAGAUGGAAGUAGAUAAAAAUGGACUCAAGAUGUGUGAACCUUGUGGGGGGCUGUGCCCUAAAGCCUGUGAGGGGACGGGCUCCGGGAGCCGCUUCCAGACUGUGGACUCUAGCAACAUUGAUGGGUUUGUGAACUGCACCAAGAUCCUGGGCAACCUGGACUUUCUUAUCACUGGCCUCAAUGGCGACCCCUGGCACAAGAUCCCUGCCCUGGACCCUGAGAAGCUCAAUGUCUUCCGGACAGUACGGGAGAUCACAGGUUACCUGAACAUCCAAUCCUGGCCUCCCCACAUGCACAACUUCAGUGUCUUUUCCAACCUGACAACCAUUGGGGGCAGGAGCCUCUACAACCGGGGCUUCUCUUUGUUGAUCAUGAAGAACUUGAAUAUAACAUCAUUGGGCCUCCGAUCUUUGAAAGAAAUCAGUGCCGGGCGUAUCUACAUAAGCGCCAAUAGGCAGCUGUGCUACCACCAUUCUCUGAACUGGACCCGGCUGCUGCGGGGGCCUCCGGAAGAGAGACUAGACAUCAAACAUAACCGGCCCCGCAGAGACUGUGUGGCAGAGGGCAAAGUAUGUGAUCCCCUGUGCUCCUCUGGGGGAUGCUGGGGCCCAGGUCCUGGUCAGUGCCUAUCCUGUCGAAACUACAGCCGAGGCGGUGUCUGUGUGACCCACUGCAACUUUCUGAAUGGGGAGCCUCGUGAGUUUGCCCAUGAGGCUGAAUGCUUCUCCUGUCACCCGGAGUGCCAACCCAUGGAGGGUAGUGCCACGUGCAAUGGCUCGGGCUCUGAUGCAUGUGCUCAGUGUGCCCAUUUUCGAGAUGGGCCUCACUGUGUGAGCAGCUGCCCCUAUGGAGUCCUUGGUGCCAAGGGCCCCAUCUACAAGUACCCAGAUUCUCAGAAUGAAUGUCGGCCCUGCCAUGAGAACUGCACCCAGGGGUGUAAGGGACCAGAGCUACAAGACUGUUUAGGCCAAACACCAGCACUGAUCAGCAAAACCCAUCUGGCAAUGGGUUUAACAGUGGUAGUAGGAUUGGCAGUGGUUUUCCUGAUCCUGGGAGGCACUUUUCUCUAUUUGCGUGGGCGCCGGAUUCAGAAUAAGAGGGCUAUGAGGCGCUACUUGGAACGGGGUGAGAGCAUAGAACCUCUGGAUCCCAGUGAGAAGGCUAACAAAGUCUUGGCCAGAAUCUUCAAAGAAACAGAGCUGAGGAAGCUUAAAGUGCUUGGCUCGGGCGUCUUUGGAACUGUGCACAAAGGAGUGUGGAUUCCUGAGGGUGAAUCAAUCAAGAUUCCAGUCUGCAUUAAAGUCAUUGAGGAUAAGAGUGGACGGCAAAGUUUUCAAGAUGUGACAGACCACAUGCUGGCCAUUGGCAGCCUAGACCAUGCCCACAUUGUACGGCUGCUGGGACUGUGCCCAGGGUCAUCUCUGCAGCUUGUCACUCAGUACUUGCCUCUGGGCUCCCUGCUGGACCACGUGAGACAACACCGUGGAGCACUGGGGCCCCAGCUGCUGCUCAACUGGGGAGUACAGAUUGCCAAGACUCCAAUUAAGUGGAUGGCCCUCGAGAGUAUCCAUUUUGGGAAAUACACACACCAGAGUGACGUCUGGAGCUAUGGAGUGACAGUUUGGGAGCUGAUGACCUUUGGGGCAGAGCCCUAUGCUGGGCUACGACUGGCUGAAGUACCAGACCUGCUAGAGAAGGGGGAGCGAUUGGCGCAGCCUCAGAUCUGUACCAUUGAUGUGUACAUGGUCAUGGUCAAGUGUUGGAUGAUUGAUGAGAAUAUUCGCCCAACCUUUAAAGAACUAGCCAAUGAGUUUACCAGGAUGGCCCGAGACCCACCACGGUAUCUGGUCAUAAAGAGAGAAAGUGGGCCUGGAAUACCCCCUGGAGCAGAACCCCCUGCUCUGACAAACAAGGAACUGGAGGAAGUGGAGCUGGAGCCAGAACUUGAGCUGGACCUGGACUUGGAAUCAGAGGAGGAUGGCCUGGCAGCCACACUAGGCUCUGCUCUCAGCCUGCCAGUUGGAACACUUAAUCGGCCCCGUGGGAGCCAGAGCCUUUUAAGCCCAUCAUCUGGCUAUAUGCCUAUGAACCAGGGUAAUCUUGGGGAGGCCUGCCAGGAGUCUGCAGUCUGUGGGGGUAGUGAGCGGUGUCCCCGUCCAGUCUCCCUGCACCCACUGCCACGGGGACGCCUGGCAUCAGAGUCUUCAGAAGGCCAUGUGACAGGCUCUGAGGCUGAGCUCCAGGAGAAGGUGUCAAUGUGUAGGAGCCGGAGCCGGAGCCCACGGCCACGUGGAGACAGUGCCUACCAUUCCCAGCGCCACAGCCUGCUCACUCCUGUCACCCCACUCUCCCCACCAGGAUUAGAGGAAGAGGAUGUCAAUGGAUAUGUCAUGCCAGAUGCACACCUCAAAGGUACUCCCUCCUCCCGGGAGGGCACCCUUUCUUCAGUGGGCCUCAGUUCUGUCCUGGGUACUGAAGAAGAAGAUGAAGAUGAGGAAUAUGAAUACAUGAACCGGAGAAGAAGGCGCAGUCCGCCUCGUCCCCCUAGGCCUAGCUCUCUUGAGGAGCUGGGUUAUGAGUACAUGGAUGUGGGAUCAGACCUCAGCGCUUCCCUGGGCAGCACACAGAGUUGCCCACUCAACCCUGUGCCAAUCAUGGCCACUGCUGGCACAACCCCGGAUGAGGACUAUGAAUAUAUGAAUCGGCGACAUGGUGGGGGAGCUCCUGGGGGAGAUUACGCAGCUAUGGGGGCCUGCCCAGCAGCUGAACAAGGGUAUGAAGAGAUGAGAGCUUUCCAGGGGCCUGGACACCAUGCCCCCCAUGUCCACUGUGCCCGCCUCAAAACUCUACGUAGUUUAGAAGCCACUGACUCCGCUUUUGAUAACCCUGAUUACUGGCACAGCAGGCUUUUCCCCAAGGCUAAUGCUCAGAGAACAUAACCCUGCUUCCUAAAGUACUCAGGGAGCAUUUCAUGGCAGCUAGUGCCUCUAGAGGGUACUCAUCUUCUCCCUAGUCCCUCCCUCACAGGUCUCAGCCCCAUUUCCCCAGUCCCAGACAAUUCCAUUCAACCCUUGGAGGCUUUUAAACACUUUGACACAAAAUUCUUGUGGUAUGUAGCCAGCUGUGCACUUUUCUUCUCUUUCCCAUUCCUGGGAAAGGAGGUUUUCCCUAUUUUGUGUGCUUUCCUAAUCCCAUUCCUCAGCUUCCUCAGGGGGACUCCCUGGAGAUAUGAAGGAUUACUCCCAUGUCCCUUUUUUUCAGACUCUGACUUGUUGAGAUUAGGCUUUAAAGUGUGCUUGUGUUUCCCAUCAGACUCCUAAGGAAGAGGAAACAGGGGUACCCUGGCAGGGGAAAGUAAAAUUUAUGACUCAGUCCCCUGGAAAGAAUGGAAAGCUCCAAAUCUUGAGUGAAGAAAGAGAUUGGGCAUAGAUAUUACUAUUAAUUGAGCAUUUACAAUGCCAGCCAUCAUCCUAAAGUUUACCUACAUUAUCUCACCUGAUCCUUACAACAGCUCCGUGAGCUAGGGAUUAUCCCAUUUCACAAAAAAAGGAAACUGAGCCUUAAAGAGAUUAGGUAAGUGGCAGGUUCAGGAUUCAGAAUCGUCCAAUGCAGGUUUUCUUACUGUAAGAUAUCAAGGAAAAGUGAUAUAAGUCAGAGUCCUUGUAAGGGGCGUUGCCUUCUUAUUUUUGCACUGAAUCAAGCCCAACAACCACAGCCUCCUCCUACACCCAGGCUUCUCAUCUCAGGAAGUGGGGGUAAUGGGGUGGUCAGAAGGAAAAAUAACUGGACAUUUUUGUGUAAACCAUAACCUACAUGUGCUGUAAAUGAUCACUUCUCACCCAAGGGACAGAUCAUAACAGUCCCAAGAGCCACUUUUAGGGUCUAUUCUCAUCCAGUAGUGGGAAGUUUCCAGUUGGAAUAGAAAGAGGACCCAGCUUCAGGCCUCUGUCUCCUUGGAUGGGAAACGGUGUAUCUUUUGUAUCCGUGAAGUUUUUUGUUUUGUUUUUAUACAUGCUUGAAUAAAAAUACCAAAGUUUUUCA